CUUGGCAGCUGAAUCAACGGCAGUGUCUCUUCACACAGGGACUAUCUUGAGACAAACAAGUCUGACCAUGUAUGCAGUCAUUACACUACAAGACUCAAAAGACCUGAAAGUGAUUCCCACAAAGUGGUUGAAUGAACGAAAGACACAAUGUCGCAUGCCUGCGUUCAUGUCACAAGAGAAGUUAACGGAAGCUGUUAAAAACAAUAUUGAGCAUUCAACAGGUGGAAUUCCAUGGGGGAUGUUUGAUAUUCAAGUUCAUGCAGAAUGUGGUACUUUUGAACAAGCUAAGGAGAAGCAAGAAGUGAUUAGAAAACAGAAUGAACGACCAGCUGCGGGAAUCUCUGGAAUACACAAAAAAAAUAAACUUGAAGAUUCUCUGAUAAUGUCAAAAUAUCCAUUUCAAUUGCCUAAUGCAUUUUCCUCUGGUGACAAAGAAAAGAUCUUCCAAAUGUUGGAAGAAAUCAAGAGUAGUGUUCAAGAAAACACUGCCAUGUUAAGGAAACUAAUAAAAGACAAUCAGAUUUCUGAGGCCCCCAGCAGCACUAGCAUGCCAUCUAGAGAUACUAUGUCAAACCUGAAUCUACCACUCAAAACCUUUGCAGAUUUGUUCAGAGCUGAAAACGAACUCAAGAAGCCAACAACCCGCAAAAAAUACGUACAACAUCUUUCAUCUUGUGGGGGUUUUAAUCCAAAAGAUGUGGUUAAGAAUAUAAUGCAACAUGUUCUAACUGAUGAUCUGGCAAAGGAAUUCAACUGGACAGGACGAUGUGAUAAAAAGCGCUUCUCAGAGCUUAACUUAGCAGAAGUCAUCAACGAAGCUGCAUCCAAACUUGUAAGCAGGGGAGAAUGUGAAACUGAAAUCAAAAAGUAUUUGUCUUACACAGCUGACCGACUCAGUCGGAAGAGACCAAGAGAUUUGGGAAAUGGUCCUGAAGCUGAGAGUCCAAAUGAGAUUUCUCACACAUUGUUUGACAGUGCCAUCCAGACAAAUGUUUUUUGGUCAGGCCUUGCACUUCCCCACAAAUGAGGAGAAGAUGAAGAGAAGCCUACUAAAUUUCAAGAGGACUAUCUGGUGUUACCCAUUAUAGAAAAUUCUUGAGAAUCCUUAGGAGAAUGUUUAUACUUUCUUUGUAAUAUGAGUUCAUAGAGUAAUAUACAUGGGAUAAUUGUGAGAUAUAUUAUGAGGUUACAAUGUUUAUACCCAGUCCUCUAUUUUUGGUGUUGUAAUAUUUAAAUAGACUUGAUUUUCUAGGGAUUUAUUAAUG